CCACCCAGUUCUGCCAUUAAGCACUAAAAUAUGUGCUCUAUUCACGGAUGUAAAAACGCUAAUAAAUUUCCCAUUUGUUUUUGCCCGAGUUCAAAACAUAUCGACCUGCACCACAAUGUGAAGUCAGCGCACGCAGAGCAGCUGCAUUUGCGCGAUUGAAUGUGAGCAAACAUGACCAAGGCUACAUUCCUCUCCGAUUUGAUUUGUUGGGAAUUCCUGACGUUUUUCUUUCCCUUUUUCUUUCUUUUUUUUUUUUUAAACCUUUAAUAGAAGCUUUAAUAGAAGAACUUCAUUUCUGCUCCUUCACACUGCAGUCAUGACUGGUAUUUACUGGAUGUUAAAUAAUUUGAAAUCACCUUUUUCAUUUCUCUGGGAUUUUCAGUCUGAUCACUAUGAAGACAUGCGUCCUAUUUAUUUGGAGGCGGAAAUGUUGCAUUUAAAUGCAUUUAUUCUUCAAAUACUUUUCAUUUCGUGUGUUAGAGAAGGACGUUAGACAACAGGCUGUGUCCGAGAUGAUGGAAAGAAUUAAAAAGGGCAUUCAGCUGCGGCCAGUUGGCCAGACAGUCAACAAGGCCAGACCACAACAGAGGGAGCGUAUGCCGUCCGGCUCUGCCAUUCAGGAACUUAAAGGGAUUUUGUCCACUGUGAGACGCCCCUCCCCCUGCCCCUCCCCUCCUGCAAGACCCUCCUCCCCGGAUGCACAGUCUGAGCUCCAGAAAGUCCUAAUGAAACGACGAGGCGUGCUGGAGACUGCAAACGAUAACAUAUCAGCUCAACCCUUUCCCAGCAGUGUUCUGGAUAUGACCCGGGUUAAGAUAACUCCCACCACCAGUGCUGAGAAAAGUGUCAUUAAGGACAAAACGCAACACUGACACCUGAACACCUACACAAACCUGAGCUCUUACUUGCUAUGGCAAUAAAUAAACAAGCAUGGCUAUGGAAUUAAACCGAGGGGACAAACCGGGAGCUGUCGUCAUAACCCCACAAACCAUCAGGAACCCUUAAGGAAGAAACCUUGAUCCGGAAAGCAGUCCAACUGGAGCUGGAAAAGCCUUCAAAUUUUUGAUUGCACUAAUAAACAGAAACAGUUUCAACCUGUU